AUGGUACGGUACAGUCUGCAUAGACUAUAGAGACGCUAUUUAUUCUGUCUGUCAGUGUAAUUUAUGUCAUCCCGCAGUGAAGCAGAAAGAAAGUAUUUCACUUGGUGUAAUAUUUUGUUGUUUCUUGUUUUGUGUAAUAAUUUAUAAACGCUCGGCCGCCGAAAAUAAAUGGCGCCUCGGCUUGCAGCCUUACAACGCGAGCACAUCAUUGCUCUACGGCAGAGUGGAUGCCGUGUAACAGACAUAUGUCGUCUAACUGGAAUUACGAGAAAUACAAUCUACCAAUGGAUAAGACGGUGGGAGGAAGAUGGCAGCUUGCAGGUCCAUCACCGCAAGGUUUACAAGCGGGCGACCACUGCGGAACAGGACGCUGCCAUAAUUGCCGCUCAUGCUUCAGACAAACACCUCAGCACGCGAGUCUCUUCCACAAGUUACAAUAUAUCAAUGGCCACGGUACGGCGACGUUUAAAGGAGGCUACUAAAAAAAAGGAUGAAAAAUCAGGAAAUUCGGAAACUAAGAAAGAAACUGAGAAAAAACUAUUGUGUCCGAAUUGUAAAACCGAGGUGGAAACUCCGGCUGUAAAGAGGCAAGAGAAUCAAAGAAAAAUAAUGAUAGCUCGAGUGUUCCACUAUUUGGCCCAAGAAUUUGAAGACUUAAAGAAGAUGUCAGGUCCUCAGCAAAUGCAUGCGAUGGGACAGCUUCACAAACGAGCUGCUGCGGCUACUGGCGUCAAAGAAGCGGCAGUGGAACAGGCUCUGAAGGAGGAAGCGCAGAAGAAAGAAGCACGUAAGGAAACUAAGAGAAGAGCGUCCCUUACGCCACGGAAAAAGCCUAUUCGAAAGACUGAUAAGCAACUGAAGAUCGAUCCGACGACGGCAGCUAACCUAGCAAGCAAUAUGCCUAAUUUUCAGCCUCAAGCCAUGAACAAUCCCUACAUGCUGGCGAAUAUGGGCAUGAACAUGUUUCCACCACCACAAGUGAACUACUCGCGUUAAUUAGUUAUUAUAUAGAGCUUUAUAAGAUUAUGUUUAUUGUAAGAUUUAUUUUAUAUUUUAAAAUUAAAUAUAUUAAAAUCAAAGUAGCAAUGUCAUCCGAAUAUGUUCGGAUUCAAUUCUAUGAUUAUUUCAAUCAAUUUGUGCGUGUUUUUUCAUCCUUAGUCUUCCAUAGUUUCCAAUUUAUUGAUCCACAGCAAC